AUGUGUCCAGGUGAAGACACCUGGACAGUGAGGAUACCUGGACAAGUGAGGACCAACAGAGGUUUGGUGAUUCGUCCGCAUGCUGCUGAAAUCUCCUUCAACCGCAGCGACCCGAUGAACUACAACCAGUACAUUCAAAACCUGCACGAGCUCCUGCAGCGUUACAAUGACAGCAUCCAGGAGCGGAACGACUUGUGUCUGGUGGGUGAAUACACUGAACAGGACAAUGAGCCAAUCAAGAAGGUUUGUCAGUUUAAGCGCAGUAUGCUGAGUCAGUGCUCCGGGCUGCGCGACUCCAGCUUUGGAUUUGCUGAGGGGAAACCGUGCAUCAUCAUCAAGAUGAACCGGGUCAUCGGACUGAAACCACAAGGAGACCCCUACAUAAACUGCACUGCCAAGAGAGCCAGUCCCUUACGGAUGCAGUUCUACCCGCCAGAUGCUCGUCUGGAUAAAAUGUUCUUCCCGUACUACGGAAACAAAGCUCAUGCGGACUACGUGCAGCCGCUGGUUGCCGUGCAGUUGCUGCUCUCCAGAGAAGACUUGAAUGUGGAGCAGACGGUGGAGUGUAAAGUCGAGGGAACCAACCUGCGUAACGACGACGACCGGGACAAGUUCAUGGGUCGGGUUGUUUUCCGGGUCAAAGUGUCGGAGUAACCACGUCUACCUGUUGUCAUGGAUACCACAAACUGUGUUUAAACUGGAACUAAAUGUCCAGUUUAGGACACCAUACUUUUCAGACCUGAUCUGAUUUGGACGCCUGAAUGUGGUAUUCCUGAGUCUGGUUUUAGGGUUCAGACCGACGAAUCAGAUCAGGUCUGUAUGAAGCAUGUGAGCCAGAUGCACCCCCACACGUUGUUUUUAAAUGUAAGUGUUUAAUAGUGAUGUAAAAGGAUCCCAGCAGUGUGUAACGAACAGGGCAGCAUGUGUGCACACACACACCUGGUUAGUAAUGAGAUUACUCUUCUUUCAUCCUGAAACUGCCUUUACACUUUUUUUAAUACUGCACUGACUUUUUUCAUUUUGAAUUAACAGGAACGUUUUUCCAGAUUGCUGAACAGGAUUUUCAGUUUAAAAGUUGAGACAAUCAGUCCAAAGUGGCAGUAGGAUGGAAAGGCAGUAAUGAUUACUGAUGGCCAUUACAUGAACAUCAUUAUUCAACAGCAUAUUUCAGCUCAUGCAAACCACUGCAAGGAAGAUCAAUGAUAGAUUAAUAAUGGCAGAAAGCAACAACUUAUCUACUUCUAGUUUACUCUUUAAUCUUUGAUUUGUCUCAGUGUAACAGUAAGUAGGACUGACAAUUCUCUCGUUGAAUAAUUAAUAAUACAGGCCCUCUAGAGGCCUAUCAUUGCACUGGGAUAUAGGAAACUGCCUUGGCGCUGGGCCUGCUGGGACUUUCACCUGUCUUUUAAAAUAUACUUUUUGGAUAUAAUAAGGUCUGCCAAUGUGUUUACAACCUACUAUUGCACAGAUGUUUUAAAAUGUUUACGUGAGUAUUUUUAAAGA